AUGUCGCAACAUGCGAUCCUGACGCUCAUUCGACAUGGCGAAACAACGGGCAACCUGAACCGCCUGUUGCAAGGCGUCACCGACUCUCCUCUGACCGUUUUCGGUCAAGCUCAAGUAGAUGCGCUUGCUCGAACGUGGGCGACCACCAUCAGCACUGCCACUUCGGAUGUAGCGAUAACAGAUCACAAGACGAAGAAGGAAGCUCCGACAUCAAGACUCGACCUUCCACGUCCGACCCUCGUCGUAUGCUCUCCCAUCGGAAGGGCCCGCAAGACCGCCGAAGCGAUCCACAGGGCGUGCGUGGGUCAGGGAGUUGAUGACGGUGGUAUCCACGAAGAUGCACUGUCGGAUCCGCCGUCAUCGUCCAGGCUCGACGCGGCUUUGAGUCACUCCUCACAUCCGGGGCUGCCGCUGAUCGUAGACAAAGGCCUGGCGGAAAAGGAUUUUGGAUGGAAAGAGUCGACUCGCGGUGGUGUUCAUGUAGCAGGCUUCCCAAAAGGCUCAGGCGUCGGCGAGACUCGCACCGACUUCACGACCAAAGUGUACCAAGUGGGUCUAGAAUGGCUCAACGCUGCUUCCAGCCUGGCCUCAUCGUCGGAUAGGAUACCGCACAUUGUGCUGGUGAGUCACGGCAUGUGGAUCUCGACCUUUCUAUCGGCCCAUCCACCGACAACCAUCACGCAAACCUCGGGUCAGCCGGGCUUCCUGCCUUUUGCAGCGAACACGGGCAUGUUCAGCCUCAAAGUCAAGCCUCGCUCCGCCAGCGACGACUCAGCAAGUGCUCAGCGACGAUUCGAGACAGAGCUCUUUCGUGCGAACGACAUCCGACAUUUGGAACAUGUCAAGCGCCAGAAGGGCGGCAUCGGGAGGGGAGCUUUUGACAUCAAGCAGACCAAACUCAGCUCCUUCUUUGCAAAGCCAGCUCAGCCUGCGCGCCAGGACGCGACAAUAGAACAGGAAGGGUCACCGACCAAGAAGCGAAAGACAUAG